AAAAGAGGAGGUGAAAUGCAGAAUAGAAGAAGUCUAAGCAUACUUGUUUUCACAAUGGCCAAGUUAGCAAUUGCAGCAUUAUUCGGACUCUUCUUUGUUCCCGCCUUGGCAUACGAUCCAAGGAUUGUUGGGGGAAAAACCGCUUCUGCUGGACAAUUCCCAUACCAAGUUGCAUUGAAGAGGAGUGGAUCUUUCCUUUGUGGUGGAUCUAUCAUUUCAAGUACUUUCAUCUUGACUGCUGCCCAUUGUGUUGUUGAUGGAAAUAACAAUGCCUAUGCUGCAUCACUUUUCACCGUUGUUGCUGGAACCACCAACUACAACAGUGGUGGAGUAUCCAAGACUGGAAAGAAGGUCUACGUUCACGAAAGCUAUGGCAAUUUCAAAAAUGAUAUUGCACUCAUCGAAUUGAGUUCUGCUUUGACCUUCUCGAGCACCAUCCAACCAAUUGCUCUUGCCACUUCUGCUCCACCAACUGGUGCUUCCAUUCUCAUCUCUGGAUGGGGACGUCUCUCCACCUCAGGAUCCCUUCCAAGUCAACUUCAAUAUAAUACUUUGUCUGCUGCCACCACCUCUGCUUGUGCUUCCAGUGGUGUCAAUUAUGCUGGAUUACUUUGCUUGGCUCAUUCUUCAGGACAUGGUGCUUGCAACGGUGACUCGGGUGGUCCAGCUGCCUACAAUGGCAAGAUUGUUGGUGUUGCUAACUUCGUUGUUGGAGGCUGUGGAAGCUCAUACCCAGAUGGCUAUGCCUUGGUUCCUUACUUCUACAACUGGAUCGUUGCGAGGGUUAACUAAGGACUAUUAUGUCAAAUAUAAAAAAUAAGCAUCCA